AUGGGCACUGAUGCUGCUCCUGUACGAUUUUCCAUCGAACAUGUGCCGACAGCGAAGUUUGGGGACGCCGAUGUACUUUCCCGGCUGAUCAAACACCAUACAAAGCCCGACGAGGAUUAUGUGAUCGCUUCUUUGGUUCUCGAGGAUCACCUGAGGUCAGUUGCUUCCGAUUCUCUUAAUGCACUUCCCCUUACUUUUAGCGACAUUCAACAAGCCAUGCAAACCGAUCUGGUUAUGAAGAAGGUCUACCGCUUUUUGCAAGACGGUUGGCCUGAUCCAAAAGCUCUAUCCAUUCCUGAGCUCAAGCGCUUUUACGACCGAAGAGAAUCCCUCACGAUUGUCGACGGUUGCAUACUUUUCGGGGAACGGUUGGCCAUUCCAGCUCCAUUCCGCAAGCGCUGUCUUGACCAGCUUCAUCGUGGCCACCCCGGCACUCAGCUUAUGAAAGCCAUCGCUCGUUCAUACGUUUAUUGGCCGAAUGUUGACAACGAAAUCUCCAGCUACGUCCAGGCUUGCCGACACUGUGCACUGACAGCGAAAUCUCCACCACACUCUGCACCUUCGCUGUGGCCCAAAUCCACCAAGCCAUGGGAACGAGUGCACAUUGAUUAUGCUGGACCAAUCGAAGGAGAUUACUUCCUGCUUGUGAUCGAUUCCUUCACCAAGUGGCCUGAGAUCGUUCGAACAAGCAGCACCACAAGCACAGCUACAAUCAACAUUCUCCGAGAUCUCUUCGCUCGUUUUGGAAUGCCGACAACUUUGGUGAGCGACAACGGGCCCCAGUUUUGCAGCGCUUUGUUCCAAACCUUCUGCGCUGAAAACGGCAUACAGCAUCUCACCACGGCACCUUUCCACCCACAAUCGAACGGCCAAGCUGAACGAUUUGUGGACACCUUCAAACGGGCCAUACGAAAAAUUCGAGAGGGGAGAAGCUCGGUACCGAUAAGCGAAGCGUUGUGUACCUUUUUGCUGACCUACAGAAGCACACCCAAUCCAGCGACGCCUGAAGGGAAGUUGCCAAGCGAAGCUAUGUUCUGCAGGCCAAUCCGAACAUCCUUGGAUCUACUUCGCCCACCAGUUCACAGCGAAAAUCCACCAGCAGAGCUCAACCGAAGCUUCCAGAGCCAUGACUCGGUUUACGCGAAGGUGUUUUCAAGAAACCAAUGGCACUGGACACCUGGAACGAUUGUCGAACGAAUCGGAAACGUCAUGUUCAACGUGCGUCUGGAGAACGGUAAGCUUGUGCGAUCCCACUUAAACCAGCUUCGUAAUCGUACUCCAAGUGGGCCAAUGAAUUCUCCAAAACCAUCGCAACUUCCGUUAACCAUUCUGCUGGACGCCUGGAACUUGCCAGAACCUCCAACACGGGCCUCAACCUCUGCGCAAUCCAGCCCACCAUCAACAGCGCAUGGUCGUUCAGCUUCGCUGCCAACUUCUACACCGAACACUGUUGUGCGAGAACCAAGGCAGUCACCAGAUAUCCCACCGAUGUCACCAUUGCCCUCAACGUCUUCUACUACCUCACCAUCAAGCUCUUCUGAUACAGUUGAGUUUCAAUCAGCCAUCGAGCAAACAGCUGUACACUUGCCUCGUCGAUCUUCUCGGACUAGAAGACCGCCGAUCCGGUUUGAUCCGUACCAGCUGUAUUAA